AACAGAAGUGUGGUCCUUAUAUGAGAAACAUAGACUUAUAUCUUAUUGUAGGCGAGCUUCUUUUUCUCACUUGAAGUCGCUCAAGAGUAUCUUCGCAGUCCACAAUGAGACAACAAACAUAUGGUCCCAUCUCCUCGGGGCUCUGUUCUUCGCAAAGGUCCUGUAUCACUACGUCGGGCUCAUAGCAACCCCCCAAGCACCCUUCCAAACACCCGAUAUCAUCGCGCUCAGCAUUUACAACCUCAGCGUGGCAACUUGCUUCGUUCUAUCAACUUUCUUUCACACCUUCUCCGACCACAGCGCACCGUUACAAACUCGGCAAUGAACUUGAUCACUUAGGCAUCGUACUAGUAAUGUGGGGGACAGGCGUCUCUGGUACAUAUUUCGCCUUCUACUGCACCCCGUUCCCCCGAAAUGCCUAUUUUACCGCCUUGACCUGUACCGCGGCAGGUUGCGCAGUAUUCACCCUCCGCCCCGCUUUCCGCACGCCAGCUUAUCGCACGACGCGUUUCCUUAUGUACUGCUUCCUCGGCGCAAGCCUAUUCGCGCCAGUAGCCCAUGGACUUACUCGGUCUGGAUGGGAGGAGCUGGAGGAGACUAUGGGCCCGCGAUCGUUUCUCGGUCUCGCAGUUAUUAAUUUUGCUGGCGCUGCCGUGUAUGCGGCUCGAGUGCCUGAGCGCUGGUUCCCGGGCACUUUCGAUUUAGUCGGCCAAAGCCACAACUGGAUGCAUGUACUGGUGCUAUUAGGAGCGCUGGUGAGGCUGCGGGGUCUUUUGGAAGUCACUGCGCGGUGGCAAGUAUAUACGGAGCGGCAUGGUAUCUGUCCAGGUAUAUCGUUAUAGGACUGUUAUAAAAUGUCAUGCUAGUCAUAAACGCUGCGAUAUGUGCAAAUGGUAUAUUGUCCAAGGUAUAGUAGAUAACCAGUUGCUCUU